UCAUCCUUGGGUGGUUGCUGUCCAGGAGGAGAUCAAAAUGCUGAGCACGCGUCUGGAUGAGGCAGAGGAGGUUAUGAAGGGGGUGUGGAAACUCAAUAAACGGAUUGAGGACCUAGAGGUAAGUGUAUCUCCUUGCUGUAGUUAUUUGUUACAUUGUACUUGUUGAGUCAGUAAGUUAAAACACAGCAUCAUUGUUGUUUCCAUGUCCAGGAACAGGUUUCAACCCUGUCUGAGCAGGUUGAUUAUCUCACUGUCGAGGUGGGUACCCUGGAGAAGGUCUGUUUCGACUGAUAAUCAGAGGUAUGUAUGAAUAUUUGCGUGAAUUAAUAAGUAGAACUAGUUAAAUGUUGGCGUGAAUUAAUAAGUAGAACUUGCUAAAUGUUUGCGUGAAUUACUAAGUAGAACUAGUAAGAUGUUUGCGUGAAAUAUAAAGUAGAACUAGCUAAAUGUUUGCGUGAAUUAACUAGUAGUCUGAGUUGGUUGGUUCAUCUUAAUGUAUGAAUUUUUUGUUCCACUAAACUGAACUGAACUAGUAGUGUGAGUUGGUUGGUUACUCUGACGGUAUUAAUAAGUUAGAACGAAAAGUACAAUGUAAUUUACUCUGUGUUGGUUGGUUGGUUGCUCUAAUUGUGUUGAGUAGUUGAUUGUAUUAAGUGGGUGAUUUGAUGUGUAAUGACUGCUCUCUGUGAAGUAGUUGUUCUAUAGUGGCUUUUAUAUUGAAUGUUUUGCAGCUAGAGUUUAAUUUUUCUCUCUUGUGGUAGCUUAAACUAGUUUAAAUAGAGUACACAAACCCCAUUAACUUAUUACAUCAACCUAAACCAUAACAAAAAUGGAUCCCUUUACCAUAAACUCUCCCGGGUUUACUUCGCUCCUAGCUUCGCAGAGCAGUCCAGCAAUGGACUGCGACUUUGCUGAGGCAGUAGCCAACUCUCCCGGGAUAGUGAAACCGGUCAUAAAGAGAAAGUGGUCAACAAAAGAAGACCUAGUGCUCAUCAGUGGGUGGCUGAACACGAGCAAGGAUGCUAUUGUCUGUAACGAGCAGAAGGGAGGAUCCUUUUGGAAGAGAAUUGAGCUCUACUUCAAUUCAAGCGCUCAGCUCACUGGCUCAGUUCCUAGAGAAUGGAGUCAGUGUAAGCAGAGGUGGGGAAGGGUGAACGAGCAGGUGUGCAAGUUUGUGGGGAGUUAUGAGGCGGCUUUGAAGGAGCAAUCUAGUGGUCAAAAUGAGAAUGAUGUCAUGAAGGCUGCCCAUGACAUCUUCUUUAAUGAUUACCAUGCCAAGUUCGCCAUGGAACACUGUUGGAGGGAACUGAGAUAUGAUCAGAAAUGGAAGUCAUACUCCAAGACCAGAGAUGCCGGGAAGGAGAAAAGGAAGGAGAAUGAAGAGGUGAUGCCUGAGGAGGAGGUUAGACCGGCGGGUGUAAAGGCUGCGAAAGCAAGCAAGCGCAAGCGGCACGGGAAAGAAGCUGCUUUCGAUCAAAUAGAGAGCAUCCUGGCUGCGAGAAAGAAAAUAUCCCAGCAGAAACUCCUUGAUCGUCUCUUAGCCAAAAAUGAGACUGAUCUAUCUCCAAAUGAAAUCAGUCUCAAAAACAAACUCGUUUCUGAACUGCUAGAUUGAAUUGGUUAACUACUGUUUUUUUUAUUUCCUUACUUUGUUGCUUAGUAGAAUCUAUGUUUUUUCAUUAUUUACUUGCCUCAAUAUGUUUAGUUAUUAAGUUUGUAACUUGGUAGAAUCUCUGUUUCUUAUUAUUAACUUGCGUGAAGAGAAAGAAUUUUAAACUUUGUAGUUUGAUUUUUGUUUUGCAGGUCACGGGAUUGUCAUCAUGUCUGGAUCACGGGUUGCUAUGUCUGAUGUUGCUUGGCUGUUGUUGCUUUUUCUCUACGGAUGCAGUGUACUAUUUUGUUAGUUUGUACACUGCUACUAUGUUCUGAACUCACGGGUUGUACUUUGUUUCUACACUACUUUCAUGUCACGGGUUAUGUAACAAACAAGCAUAUAUUAAUAUGCUCUCUUCAUGUAUGUUUCUAAAUGAGAACUCAACUUCUUCUCAUUGUUUCUCUGUAUCAUCAUAUAUAUUUCCUCUUGUAUUUCAUUCGCACUUGAUCUACUACAAACGAAGAACAGAAGAGCACUUGAACAUUUCCUCUUGUAUUUCAUUUCCAAAGAGUAAUCGGGGAAAAAUGUCAAGCUCCUCAAAUGAUGAAGUAUAUGAAGUAUUUGAAGAAAUGGUCGACGAACAAAUUGAUGAUUUCAUGGACUCCGUUAUUGCCAACGACCCGAAGAGACGAGUGUAUAUCGAAAGAGAUCGGGA